AUGGUCGAGCACUUCAAGUUCCUGCGACGCAACCAGCCCCUGAAGCUGUACUUCUUUGCCGUACCGCGUCUCUGCCUUGGCAUCAUGGGCUACUGGCCUGUGGAUGUGCAGAAUCGGGCGUACUUCAAUUUUCUGGUACUCGGCAUAGGCGUAGCCACGGAACUCCAUGCGGGCUUCAGCUUUCUAAAACAAGCCCAAAUUACACUCGCACUGGAAACACUCUGUCCGGCUGUCACUUCAGCCGUAACUCUGCUCAAAAUGUUCCUAAUGCUGCGCUAUCGGAGGGAUCUGGCCUAUGUGCUGGCGCGACUCAAUCAGUUGUUGUUUGGACUCCAAUCCGAGCUGGGCAGCAGGCAGGAGAAGCGAGUUAUAAUGCGUCGGCACUGCAUGCUGGCGGCACGUCUCAACUUCUGGCCCCUCUCCACAGGCUUCUUCACCUGCACCACCUACAAUCUGAAGCCUCUGCUAAUCGCACUGCUGCUGUACCGCCAAGGGCAUGAGGUAGUUUUUAAUCCGCCCUUCAAUAUGACAAUGCCACGCCUCAUGCUGCAGUCGCCCUUUUUUCCACUCACCUAUAUGUUUAUUGCCUACACGGGCUAUGUCACGAUCUUCAUGUUCGGUGGCUGCGACGCCUUCUAUUUUGAGUUCUGUACCCACACAGCCGCCUUGUUUAAGUCGCUUCAGGCAGAUCUGCGCGGACUCUUUCAGCCCUACGGAGAUCAUCUGGAGCUGAGUGCUGAGCAGUGCCUGCACAUUGAACGUGGCCUCUUGAUGCUCAUUAGGCGCCACAAUGAGAUCAUCGAAUUGACGAUUUUUUUCCGGCAACGCUAUACGAUUAUCACACUCGCCCACUUUCUUUCCGCGGGCGUGGUCAUUGCCAUUAGCAUCAUAGACUUGCUAACCGUCAGCGAUAAUGGACUAGGAACCCUGCUCUACGUUGCCUUUACGGUGGCGGCCUUAAGUCAGCUGCUCAUCUACUGCUAUGGUGGCACUCUGGUGGCUGAGAGUAGCGCCCGCCUGGCCAUUGUGGUGGGCUCCUGCCCGUGGCAGCUGUGCAAGCCCCGGCAGCGUCGCUAUAUCCUGCUUCUGAUCCUAAGAUCACAGCGAGCGGUCAGCAUGGAAGUGCCAUUUUUUGUGCCCCUACUGGCAACUUUUGCCUCGAUUUUGCAAACAUCUGGCUCCAUUAUAGCGCUGGCCAAAUCCUUUCAAUAG